AUGACUUAUGUUUUAAAUCGGGGAAGUUACAGAGCUAUAGACAUCCAUGCUGAUAUUUCAGUGCAUGAGAAGAAACUACAAGAAAUUGAGCAAAAAGAAACAGCUGCUGGUAACAAAGUAGAGUUGGACAAAAGCGUUUCUGCCAUGAGGUGCAAUUUUAACGAAGUAAGAUUGAAGAUAGAAGAACGCGUACUGAAGAAUCCACUAAAGAAUAAAGAUUUUGAAAGGACUGCUGACAGGUUUGUUACUACUGCUGCAAAGAGAGAGUGCCGACAUGAUUCCUCCGCAGGGGCUGUCAUCCACAAGAAACUAAGGGCAAGAUGCUUUGGGUUUAUUAAGCCUAGAGAGGUUGUUGUCCGUUCUCUCAAUUGCAACUCAAGGGGUUUAGAAAUGGUCCGACACACAUUACAGAAGGAAAAUGUACAUGACAAUGAUGAUUCUGCAAAAGUCAUUUUGUUGUUGCUGUUGAUUGUGGACGCACAAAAGCAACAACACGUGAAAAUUAUUGCAGUUGCUAACGAGGAAACAACGGUGACAUAA